AUGGCCGAGGGCGAGGACGAGCAGGGCUCGUCGACGAAGGUCGACGACGGCCUCGCCGUGCAGGACCUCGCGACGCUCGACGUGUCGUCGCUGAGCCCGGCGACGCCCGAGGUCAUCAGCCGCCAGGCGACCAUCAACAUCGGGACCAUCGGCCACGUCGCCCACGGCAAGUCGACGGUCGUCAAGGCCAUCUCCGGCGUCCAGACCGUGCGCUUCAAGAACGAGCUCGAGCGCAACAUCACCAUCAAGCUCGGCUACGCGAACGCGAAGAUCUACAAGCGCGUCGACGAGCAGCCGGGGCCCGGCAACUUCCGGUCCUUCGGCUCGUCCAAGCCCGACGCCUUCACGGACCCCGCGACGAAGAUCGCCUGGAAGCUCGUGCGCCACGUCUCCUUCGUCGACUGCCCCGGCCACGACAUCCUCAUGGCGACGAUGCUCAACGGCGCGGCCGUCAUGGACGCGGCGCUCCUCCUCGUCGCGGGCAACGAGCCCUGCCCCCAGCCCCAGACGUCGGAGCACCUCGCCGCCGUCGAGAUCAUGCGCCUCGAGAACAUCAUCAUCCUCCAGAACAAGGUCGACCUCGUCAAGCCCGACGCGGCGCUCGCGCAGCACGAGCAGAUCAAGAAGUUCGUCGCGGGCACCGUCGCCGACGCCGCGCCCAUCAUCCCCAUCUCCGCCGUGCUCAAGUACAACGUCGACGCCGUCUGCGAGUACCUGGCCCACGCCAUCCCGACGCCCGCGCGCGACUUCGCGUCGCUGCCGCGGCUCAUCGUCAUCCGGUCCUUCGACGUGAACAAGCCCGGCGAGGACGUGGAGCACCUCAAGGGCGGCGUCGCCGGCGGCUCCAUCCUCCAGGGCGUCCUCAAGAUGGGCGACGAGGUCGAGGUGCGCCCGGGCAUCGUCAAGAAGGACGCGCAGGGCACGGUGUCGUGCACGCCCAUCUACUCCAAGGUCGUCUCGCUCUUCGCCGAGUCGAACGCGCUCCAGUACGCCGUGCCCGGGGGCCUCAUCGGCGUCGGCACCCACAUCGACCCGACGCUCACGCGCGCGGACCGCCUCGUGGGCCAGGUCCUCGGCCUCAAGGCGCACCUGCCCGACGUCUUCAUCGAGGUCGAGAUCUCCUUCUACCUCCUCCGCCGCCUCCUGGGCGUCAAGACCUCCGAGGGCUCCAAGCAGGCCAAGGUCCAGAAGCUCCAGAAGCAGGAGAUCCUCAUGGUCAACAUCGGCUCGACGGCGACCGGCGGCAAGGUCCUCGCCGUCAAGGCGGACCUCGCGAAGAUCCUCCUCACGCAGCCCGUCUGCACCAUGGAGGGCGAGAAGAUCGCGCUGUCCCGCCGCGUCGACAAGCACUGGCGCCUCAUCGGCUGGGGCCAGAUCCGCCGCGGCGCGCGCGUCGACAUCAACGCGUCCUAG